UCCCGAGCUUCGGCUGCCUCCGACGACAACCCAACGUCACAAACCCAACGUCACAAACCCAACUUCACAAACCCAACCCCACAACCACCUCACCUCACCUCGCCUAUCUAGUCGAGCCUUCUCCCUCUUCCCGCAUAAUACGCCUCAUACGCGCGCAAGAACCUGCGGCGCUCCUCAUCCUCGACGAUCGCCGCGUCCUCGGAGCGACGACGACCUCGUCCCGUCGCCGCCGCCGUUGGCCGCCAGCCCCAUGCAUGCACCCAUCCCUCGCCGUACACCCAUCCGAAGAAGGUGCAGAACAUCUGCCACACGGGCACCCACAGGCCGAUGGCUUCGAGCGUGAGCGUCAGGCUGCAUGCGAGCAUGACGAGGCCGGUGAGCUUGGUGAGCAAGCUCGGGGCGUAGACGAGCUGGGCGAGCGAGAGACAGAGCAGGAUCGCGAGGCGGAGCAUGGUGGAGGAAGAGCCGUGGACGGAUAUUGGCGCGCUGUCGCCGUUGGUGCGAGGGUGCGCUGGUGGUGGUGCUGGCAUGCUCCCUGGCAUGCUCCCUGGGACUCCGGGCUCUGGCGUGCUGUGGGCUCAAGUCAGCAUGGAACGACGCAGCGCGAGGUCAAACAGAAGGGUGACUUGCCCUGGCAUGACGAGUGCCCGACCUUGUCCAAGAGAGUGAGCGAUACGGUGAUGUGGGACGCGAGGAGUGACCGUUGCUUAAUGGGGAACGGGAUGUAAGGCUGCCCCGCGGAACCCUGCUCAGAGUUAGGGCUGUGAGGCUUGAGAGAGGAUCUGGAAGGUCGAGCUCGAAAAGGCGAGAGACUUGUCAUGUAUCUAUAUAGCUAUCUAUCUGCACUUUCAACAGACGGACAGAAGCCUGGGUGCCCACGGACUGUGUCACGUUGGCAAA